GAAUGGGACCCCGGCUCCUACCCCGUUUCCUGUGAGCCAACGAGUGCCAGCUUUCUGUGGGGAUGCCUGGGAACCAGCAGAAACCAGAGUCUUUGGAGAUGGACUCUGACAUGUCACCAAGUGGCAGGCUCAGUGACCUGAGCAGAGGUGGCAGUCUGGAGAGCCGGAGCAGCAGCUCUCGGUCCAGAAGCUUCACUUUGGAUGAUGAGAGCCUGAAGCACCUCACACAUGAGGAGAAGGACGUCAUCCUGUUCUUCGAAGAGACUCUCGAUUCCCUGGACUAUGACUUUGAUGAGCCAGCCCUGUGUGACAGUGGCAUUCAUUGCCACUCUCCACAGUCUCUGGAAGAGAGCCCUUCCAGUCACUCCGACCCUGAAGAUGUCAUCGAUUUAGUGCGGCCAGGACCUGUGCCUGGGGAAGCCGAGAGCCUUGCUGACAUAGCAGGGGACCCAUCUGUUACAAAGCAGGGCACUCCUGUUCCUGAAGGUGGGAAACAAGCCGCUGAGAAUUCCCUGCCACCACCAGACUCCAGGGAUCCUGAGGUGUUUCCUCUGCCACCCAACUCGCCUGUCUCUGCGCCCUCUGCCCCCCGAAAGGAGCUGAUGCCCCCCUCUCCUCCCGCAGAGCAUCCCAAACUGCCGCGCUCCGUGCCCACGCCUCUGGUGAUUGCUCAGAAAAUUUCUGAGAAGUUGGCGGGAAACGAAGCCCUGUCCCCCACGUCCCCAUCGAAGGAGGGCAGGCCUGGGGAAUGGAGGACGCCGACUUUGAUAGCCUCUCGAAAUGGGGACCAGGUCGGCGUGUGGCACCGACAUGCGGCCCAGCCAGCGCCCAAGGUCCACCGCUUCCCCAGCAACAUAAGUGUGACCAACAGCGCGGGCAAGGACUUCAACAAGACUAUCUCCAAGGCGGCCGUCAACGUGCAGGAGCGGAAGGCCCAGGUCCUGGCCAACAUCAAUGGCAUGUCCUUCAUCGCCGCGGGCGACACGUCGUCGGAAGAGCGGUGGCAGAAGGCGGAGGAGCAGAGGGGCGGCUCUGCGGACGGGGGGCGCGCCCAGGGCAGGGUGGGCAUGGCCGGGGAGCCCGGCGGGCCGCGUGCAGGAGGCCCAGCCAGAGCGCAGCAGUCCCGGGCCGUGCAGACGGAGCAGCCGGCGCUGGCCAACGGCUUCCAGAGCGUGCAUGAGGCUCUACGCAGCGAGCCCAGCGCCUUCGCCCCCACCAGCAAGACCAUCACCUUCCGGCCAGACCCCGCCGUAGCCGGCAAGCUGGCGCGCCAGAACGCCAGCCGCAGCCUGUACGAGCCUCGCCUGGACGGCCCCCAGGACGCCCGCAAGCGCACCGGCUCGCUCCCCCGGGCUGUGGGCUUCCGGCCACAGGGCAUCACGGUGCAGUUUUCCGGCCGCGGUUCCACGGAGGAAGCAAGACGUGAGGCCCUGCGCAAGCUCGGGCUGCUGAAGGAGAACUUGUGAGGGCCGCGGGUGGGCCUGUCUGUCGGAGUGGCUGGGUAGACCUUGUAUGCCCGCACUGGGUGUCCCGUUCUGUAGGCACAGGAGCCGGACUGCAGGAAGUGUUGCACGUUCAGGGAAGAAGCCUCUGCCCCAAUCCCUCCCUGUGUCAGAGGCCAGCGGAGCAAGGACCAGGCCUCCGAGCAGUCCUCUUCCUUUGCUGGGGUCACGGAAUAACCUUUAGGACCUGUGGGUUUCCGUGGCUGCAGAUGAUCUAUGGCUUCUCUAUGAGAGGACGGCCUUGGCUUGACUUGGUGCAGGAUCUCUGAUCGGGCCUUUUAUCCCACACGCAGGGCUUGAAAGCCGGUGUAGCUCUCUGACACUCAGGAUUCCCCCGCCUCCUCGAAAAUUAAAAAGAAUGCUUGUUAAAUUUUUACAGUGUCAAUAUACACUUUGAAGUCUGGUUGUUUGUGUGUUUGUUUUUGAAGGGUGGGAGAUGGUACUUUACCAAUCUGGGUGGGUUUUUUUUUCUUGACAGAAUUUGGUUUGCCCCAUUUUCUUAACUGAAAAUCUGAACGAGCCCUUUUGAGUAAGAUUUGCCCUAACUUUGAACUUUGAGAAACAAGAGGCCGAGUUUGGAACAGGUGGUAAUUUCGAGAAAGCAAGUCUCAUGCGACUCUAACGUCUGCUCCUGGAAUGUGUAUGAGUCUGUUGUGUAUAAUAUAUGUACCUGUGCUAACGUAUACGUGAGUAACGUGUGUCUGUGUAUGCACAUUUAUUAGUACAUAAGUCUCUACUUCUGAAGACACCAUUAUCUAACUACAGGAUAUGAACACUUCCUUCUCUCCCACAGACGCCUCAGUGUUGUGUCCAGGCGCUAAGAAUUCUUCCUAUUAUGGAAGUUGGCUAAGGACACGUGAACCCCAAGUACCUUUUCCUCAACCGUAUGUUCUGUUCCCAAUUAAAGUAGUAUUUCCUGCUUUCAAAUAAGCAAGAUAGUUCCUGUUUUUACUUAAGAACUUUUUUUUUUUUCAUUUAAAGAAAAAUUAAAAUCUUUGUCACUUCACUAGUUUUGGGUUGCUAGUAGACAGAAGGAAACCAUCUGAUUGGUUGUGUACUGUGAACAACAUCCUGGGACUCAUUUGAAGGAGAAAACUGAACAGUUCUGCAGCAUGAAGUUUCCUUCUCUCCCAGACUUUGUCUUGCAGAGUUGUGGCCACAAGUGUUAUUAUCAAAAAACUAUUUAAGGCUGGCGUCUCAAACCUCUAAAAAUAGACGGGGAAGGGCUGGCCUGAGAGACACACCCACAGGUCCUCAGCAGCUGGGUUACAGAGAACCCCUUUCUUUUCCAGUUGAGUGUUACUCAGACUCAGACUUCUAAAUGGGCUGCUGAAGGCCAUGUUCACGGGGGACUCCACUUACCUUGUAAGUUAAAGAAAAUGAACAAUUAGGUUUUAUUUCCUCAGAACCACGGCCUAGCAACUCACCCAGUUCUUCUCCUGAAGUUAUCUCGGACAUUUUUUCAUCUUAAUUUAAAUAAGGGCUUUAAACUUUUAAAAGUACUUUUAAUUUUGCUCCUACUUAUGAUGGAUUUGCUGACUGGAGCCAGGAAGUCUCUCUUUGACAAAGUGAGAUGCCAUACACAGUGUUUAAUAAUUGAAGGUCUUAAGACAGCUGUUACAAAUAUCCUUUAUAGAGGAUUUUCCUAUGACUUUAUUGUGAGUAGAAUGAGUUUAACUGUAUAUUAAUAUAUUCUUGUAAUGACAUUUUUGAAAAACACAUUUUAUCUUACCUAUAAACAACUGUAUUACAUUAUGCACUAUAUUAUUUCCUU